GCCGAGGCCCCUGGGGAGCGCCGGCUGCGGGCACGGUGAGCUCCGAGACCCUCAGGGCGGUGACUAAAGGAACCAGGAACUUGGGGCAGGGGCAACACUGCAAGGGAAUGGGAUCCCCAGGCCUCAGAAAGUACAUGAGGAGAAGGAAUCUCAUCAAGCAACCUGAGACAAGGACUAGAGGUCUCUGCACUCAGGACACCUAUUCUUCUACAGGGAGCUAAGAAACUUUACCUGUUCUGGCAGCCCCAUAUGGUGACCCAAGAAGUGCACUGAGCUCUAGCGGGAGCUUCUGCACCACCUUGUAAUGGCACGGGCGGCCCGACAGGUGCAGGCUGUGAGCUCUGUGACGGGCUGAAGACGGCUGUGCCCCGCGUCGCUCCAGGCCGUGACGAGAGCAUGAGAAACGCUCAGCCCCAGGGUUCCGCACAGGCCCUCGCAGGAAGGAUCGUUGAAUGGCUGCCAUUUGACAACAUGCACCACCAGUGGCUCCUGUUGGCUGCGUGCUUCUGGGUGAUUUUCAUGUUCAUGGUGGCCAGCAAGUUCAUCACCUUGACCUUUAAAGACCCGGAUGUGUAUAACGCCAAACAGGAGUUUCUGUUCCUGACGACUGUGCCGGAGAUGGGGAAGCUGCCAGAAGAGAAGCACUUUCCUGAGGAGCCAAAGCCGACAGGGAACACGGUUCCAGGCAGCCGGCCAGCCCAGCCGCUGGUCUACAUGCAGCGUCUGGAGCUCAUCAGGAAUGUCUGCAGGGACGAAGCCCUGAGGAACCUCUCGCACACUGCUGUCUCCAAGUUUGUCCUGGACCGCAUAUUUGUCUGUGACAAGCACAAGAUUCUCUUCUGCCAGACCCCCAAAGUGGGAAACACCCAGUGGAAGAAAGUGCUGAUCGUCCUGAAUGGAGUCUUUCCUUCCAUCGAGGAGAUCCCUGAAAAUGUGGUUCAUGACCACGAGAAGAAUGGCCUCCCCCGGCUCUCUUCCUUCAGCGAUGUGGAAAUUCAGAAGCGAUUGAAAACAUAUUUCAAGUUUUUUAUCGUAAGAGAUCCCUUUGAGAGACUUAUUUCUGCAUUUAAGGAUAAGUUUGUUCACAAUCCCCGGUUUGAACCUUGGUACAGGCAUGAGAUUGCCCCUGGCAUCAUCAGAAAAUACAGGAGGAACCGGACAGAGACCCGGGGGAUCCAGUUUGAAGAUUUUGUGCGCUACCUGGGUGAUCCAAACCACAGAUGGCUCGACCUUCAGUUUGGGGACCACAUCAUCCACUGGGUGACAUACGUGGAGCUCUGUGCUCCCUGCGAGAUAGCAUACAGUGUGGUUGGCCACCACGAGACCCUGGAGGACGAUGCCCCGUACAUCUUGAAGGAAGCUGGCAUCGACCACCUGGUGUCAUACCCGACCAUCCCUCCGGGCAUCACCGUGUACAAUAGAACCAAGGUGGAACACUACUUCCUGGGCAUCAGCAAACGAGACAUCCGGCGCCUGUACGCACGUUUCGAAGGGGACUUUAAGCUCUUUGGGUAUCAGAAGCCAGACUUUUUGCUAAACUAGUGUGUAGGACAUAGGAACUCAGAUACCUUUAGACCAGGUGUUUUCCAGGUGGAGAGUGGGGCACAGAAGUGACACUUCCUCUGUCCCAUCUCUUUCUGAGACUCUGAGGUUUCCCUGGGCCUGGGAGUGCUUCACGGAGGAUGCUGGACCCUGACUGUUGCAACUUGCGUUGGAUGUGAGUUGUGCCGAGUGCCCCACCCCACCCUGCCAAUGUCAUUAAGAUGCUGCUGGCCUUCACUCUCCUCGGGGAGAGGGGAGAAAACAUGCACAGGCUGACAGAGCGGCCUCGGGGAGACAUUACAUUACCCCAGUUUUCCUGGCUGGUCGGGUGGUCUCACAGGAACCCAGCACUGUCGGGAGGGCUGGAGAAGCCGAGGACCUGUGAAUCAUAGAGUCCAGCCUGUGUGAUAAAAAUGGCACCUCUGGCCUUCACCUGGACACUGCUUUAAUCACAGAGACAAACCGUUCUUUCCAUGACUUUUUCCUCUAAAGUACUGGGACAGCCAUAGGGUGGUCCCCAGCCACCCCUCUUCAGACUCCAUGCCCAUGUAAUGCUUGUCCUUGUUUCUGAGCCUCUACCAAGUGCUUGUCUCUUUCAGCACAGGAGGUUCAGAAAGGGAAGAGAGUGUAGUUUAUUCCCAUCUGAGAAGGGAAACAUCUUUUGGGGCCUUAAAAGCACAUGGCACAAGAAAGGAAGAGCCGAGUGGGCCUUGGAGCUCCGGCCACUGUGGAUUUGGGCGUACCUGUGCUGACCUGUCCCCUCUGGUGUUUGUCCCCGCUGGGUGGGCAGCAAGCAGUCUCCACCUGUCUCCUUUUGGAGUGCAGCCCUUACUCUUCCUCCUUCCUCCGGAAGACAGGCCGAAGACAGGCAAAGGCAACACGCCAGCAUUGUAGAAUACAGUGCAGUUUAUACAUUGCAGUUUCCUUUUAUCCCAGCAAAAUGCUUCCCACCAGGUCCGUUUCUGAUAAUGCCACCAUCCAGGACUAAAUGGCCAGAAAUUGGAUAACAAGUUCACCAGCAAUAAAACCCUGGGCUGAGGCAACCUCUGGUAUCGUGUCUUCCAGGCACAGAAUUAGUCCCCAUUGAGGAGCGAGCCACAGUGACCAGUUCAGAUGCCAUCUGACAACCAGGGCCAUUGAAAAAGAAUGAGGCAGUGCCUCAGGAAGCAUCCCUGGUGCUUGUGUGUGCACAGGGCCCAGGAGUCAGGGCUGGGAGGAGUGACCUGAGCUUUCCUCAAAAGCAUCCUCGACCUUCCUUAUCUCCAAUGGUUUCCUGAAUUUGUAAAUGUGAAAGUAAAAUAAAAUCUAAAACAUGUGCCAAACCCAACACGUGCUGCAGUUCCAGGGGAAGGUGCUCUAUGGCCGUGCAUGACCCCGAGGCCCGCGACGGGGUGUCCUCAGGCUGCUCGGGACCUUGGCAGGAAGUGAGGCCAAGCCCCUCUUUCUCAACUGACAUGCCAAGGAUGUGACACUUGAGUUAUUUUUCUAUCAAGUUUUAGCCAAGUCUUGUUAAAAUCAUUUCAGACUCAGUGAACUGAUUGAUUACCUCGUUCCUGUUUGAAAUGUAACAGUGUGAAUAAUGUAUGUGAAUUUAAGGCCUUAAAGUUAGUCCUAAUUAAAAUAGCAUUUUCUCUCA